AAAACUUGCAGGUCGAGCAUGUAAAACAAUCAAUUAAUUUCCAAAGAUCAUAAGGAUAAGUUGUGUUUGAAAUAAGUUGAACAUCAUGUUAAGAUCUUUAUGUUUAGUUGCUUUAAUUGUCUGCAUCUAUGGUGCUCCAGUGGAUGAUACAGUAAGCUCACCUGAUGUAGUGGUACCAAAACUGGGAGCAGUGCAACCAACUUAUAUCAACUCCAAUCCUUUAGUUGUUAACAGCCCACAUGUAGCUGAUAAACAUGAGCAGGAAGUUGUGGGUAAAAAGUUGACUACUAAAUCACCUGAAGUUGUGGAAAUAUUAGAAUCCGGUUUAGAGCAUCAAACAGAUGGUUCUUAUAGUUUCCAUUAUCGUGGUGCCGAUGGCAGUUUCCGUGAAGAAACAGCAGUUGUCAAAAAUCAGGGUACGGAUCAUGAGUAUUUAGAAAUAACCGGAGCUUAUUCAUUUUUUGAUGCCGAUGGCAAAGAGGUCGUAGUUCACUAUAAAGCCGAUGAUAAAGGUUUUGUUCCGGUUGGCAAUAAUAUACCCGAUGUUAUAUCUGUAGCCGCCCGCGAAAAUAGUCAACUUCCUCCUUUGAAAAAAGUUGACAAUGACGAUGAUGAUGAGUAAAUUUUGAAAUGUUUCUAGGAAAAAAGGAAAUACAAAACUGGGCGAAAGAUAAUUUCGUUUUUAAAUUUAUAACAUUUAUUUUAAAAUAAUUUGGACGAUUAACUACAAGGUAUUACUAUUUUUAAUUACGACUCAUAUUAAAACUGUGCACUGAUAUAUUAAAUAAUUAAA